AUGAGUGGUUCCUCUGAAGAGGAGAUUAUGCUAACUACUAGUGUUUGCCGUAAGCGCGUGACUGGGUCAUUAACUUAUCUCCUAUCUUCUCCUAUCUGUACUCUGUACUCCGUACUCCUUUCCCAACUGGACCCAAAAGAACCCCAUGACUACCUAGACUCCACAGCCUACCUAAGUCAGCCCAGCAGCCGCUUAUACGAGGUAGCCUUGGUUGAAAAUAGGAUCAGUCUCUCAAUGUUGACCCCAUCCGAUGAACAAGAAUCUAGGACGCCAUCAUUUUCAAAUGCUAAGUGGCAGAGCUUUACUUUUGCACGUCUGCAUAAUACAGAGUAG